AUGCUGAUCAUUCGAAUAGAGUUGCUGAUUAUUGAGAACCAACGAUGGGAUCAAGAUCAUGGUUGGAGUUCGGAGUUGACGAGAGAAGACACGAGGUUGGUCGGAGGACAAUGGACGGACAUGUAUGGCCAAGAAGUGUGCAAGCCCAAGGACAUCAAGCUCCCGCCACCACCACCCAGAUCGGAGCAGGACCGCUGGGCGUCGAUCGAGGGCGAGGGCGGGUGGAGAUGGGACGACCGGGAAUGGAGCGUCGUUCGCCCGGACCAUCCUCGUCAUCACGAUCAUCUCUCAUCAGCGCCUUUGUUCCUUCGGCUCGCUUUUGGACCUCUUCUUUCUUCGACUCAUCCGGCUUGGUCGGUCGACCAACACGGUUGGACCUAUGGAGAUCAUUCGUGGACCGCGUUCUCCGACUCGCCUCGCUUCAACUCCUUCGUUCGCAAACGUAAAUGGACUAGAGUCGUCGCGUUGACUGCCCCUUUAUGCGCCUGA